AUGGCUCUCACACUCUGGUUAAUCUUCACCUGUGCUCUGGCUUUCAGCAACGUCAGUCCCACAUCUCAAGCUCUGAGCCGGUCAAUGAUGCCCUUCGGCCUAAUGCGACGGGAGCUGGCAUGUGAAGGCUACCCCAUUGAGCUGCGCUGCCCUGGAAGUGAUGUCAUCAUGAUCGAGACGGCCAACUACGGGCGCACCGACGACAAGAUCUGUGACGCCGACCCUUUCCAGAUGGAGAAUACACAAUGCUACUUGCCAGAUGCCUUUAAGAUCAUGUCUCAGAGGUGUAACAAUCGUACUCAAUGCGUGGUGGUAGCCGGCUCGGAGGUGUUCCCAGACCCCUGCCCUGGAACCUACAAGUAUUUGGAGAUCCAGUAUGAAUGCGUCCCCUACAUCUUUGUCUGUCCCGGGACGUUGCAGCGCGUCCAGGCUGCCAGCUCCCAGCAGGAGGCGGAGCAUCAGGCGGGCGCGUGGUGCAAAGACCCUCUACAGUCCGGGGACCGCCUCUACGUCAUGCCCUGGACGCCGUAUCGCACCGACGUCUUGUAUGAGUACGCUUCCUGGGAGGACUUCAAACAGGCACGAGCCACCACCACCUACAAACUGCCCAACAGAGUGGACGGCACAGGCUUCGUGGUGUACGACGGAGCAGUGUUUUACAACAAGGAGAGGACGAGGAACAUCGUGAAGUACGACCUCCGCACGCGCAUCAAGAGCGGAGAGGCCAUAAUCACCAACGCCAACUACCACGACACGUCUCCGUACCGCUGGGGAGGGAAGUCCGACAUCGACCUGGCCGUGGACGAGAACGGGUUAUGGGUCAUUUAUGCCACAGAGUCCAACAACGGCAGACUCGUGGUCAGCCAGGUCAAUCCCUACACGUUGCGUUUUGAGGGCACCUGGGAGACCAGUUUCGACAAGAGGAUGGCGUCCAACGCGUUCAUGGCGUGCGGUGUACUUUACGCGGUGCGCUCGGUGUACCAGGACGACGACAGUGAGGCGGGGGGAGAUCUCCUUCUUUACGCCUACAACACAAACCGUAACCGCGAGGAGCCGGUCAGCAUCCCCUUCCCGAACCCGUACCAGUACAUCUCCUCCGUGGACUACAACCCGCGCGACAACCAGCUCUACGUCUGGAACAACUACAAUGUGCUAAGAUACAACCUGGAGUUCGGACCCCCAGACCCCACCACAGGUACUGACCUCACCACGGAUACUGACCCCACCACAGGUACUGACCCCACCACAGGUACUGACCUCACCACAGGUACUGACCUCACCACAGGUACUGACCCCACCACAGGUACUGACCCCACCACAGGUACUGACCCCACCACAGGUACUGACCCCACCACAGGUACUGACCUCACCACAGGUACUGACCCCACCACAGGUACUGACCCCACCACAGGUACUGACCUCACCACAGGUACUGACCCCACCACAGGUACUGACCCCACCACAGGUACUGACCUCACCACAGGUACUGACCUCACCACGGGUACUGACCCGACCACGGGUACUGACCCCACCACAGGUACUGACCUCACCACGGGUACUGACCCGACCACGGGUACUGACCUUACCACGGGUACUCACCCCACCACAGGUACUGACCCCACCAUGGGUACUGACCUUACCACGGGUUCUGACCUCACCACAGGGACCCCCACCACAGGUACUGACCCCACCACAGGUACUGACCCCACCACAGGUACUGACCUCACCACAGGAACUGACCCCACCACAGGUACUGACCUCACCACAGGUACUGACCCCACCACAGAUACUGACCUAACCACGGGUACUGACCUCACCACAGGAACUGACCCCACCGCAGGUACUGACCUCACCACAGGUACUGACCCCACCACAGAUACUGACCUAACCACGGGUACUGACCUCACCACAGGAACUGACCCCACCGCAGGUACUGACCUCACCACAGGUCCUCUGACUACCACUCAAGUCACCACCACCGUGCCGGCCAGACCGCCCUCCUCCACCAGCACCAGCCCGUCCACGGCGCGGCCCAUUUCCCCGACGUCGCGACCGAUCGGAGCCAUCAACAUACACCCCACGUUGAGGCCGAUCACAGCCACCGCCCCGGUCACGCGCCGCCCGUCCCGCCCCUCUCGGCCUCCGCAGGGAUCGGAGCUGUACCUCUGCGAGUCCAAGAUGGUGCGCGGUGUCCAGUGGCCCGCAACGCUGAAAGGAGAGACUGUGGAUCGACCCUGCCCCAAAGGAUCGUUAGGCAUCGCUUCGUACCAAUGUUUGGCCGACCAAGUCAUGUGGAACCCGCGAGGCCCCGACCUCAGCAACUGCACCUCUCCGUGGGUCAACCAAGUGUCCCAGAAGAUCAAAAGUGGCGAGAACGCUGCUAACAUCGCCGGCGAGCUGGUGAACCACACGCGAGGCAGGAUCCAGGCCGGAGACGUCAGCUCCUCCGUCCGCCUCAUCGAACAACUGCUGGAUAUUUUAGACGCUCAACUGCAAGCCCUUAGACCUGGCAACAAAGACCUGGCAACCCGCAACUACAACAAGCUCCAAAAGCGUGAACGGACGUGCCGAGCCUACAUCCAGGCCGUGGUUCAGAUCGUGGAUAACCUGCUGCGUCCCGAGGCGCUGGAGUCGUGGCAGGACAUGAACAGCACGGAGCAGGCGCACACGGCCACCAUGCUGCUGGACGUCCUGGAGAAAGGAGCCUUCCUCUUAGCAAACAACAUGUAUGCCAACUACUUCACGGACCACGCACCCAGCAUCGAUUUAGAAGUCCACGUUCUCAACACGGAGAUGGAGCUCCAGGAUCUAUCGUUCCCGCAGAACUACGCCAGCGACAGCGCCAUCCAGCUCUCUGCUUCUACCAUCAAACAGUACAGUCGAAACGGGCAAGUGAAGGUGGUGUUUCUGCUCUAUAAAAACCUGGGAUCGUUCCUGUCCACGGAGAACGCCACGGUGAAAAUGGAAAUGGAGUCGAGCCACGACCGGAGGCGGCUGGCGGUCAAUUCUCAUGUGAUCGCGGCGUCCAUAAACAAGGAGUCCAGCCGCGUGUUCCUGACCGAGCCGGUGGUCUUCACAUUACGCCACUUACAGAUGGACAACUACCACAGCCCCAACUGCUCGUUCUGGAACUACUCGGAGCGCUCCAUGACGGGCCAGUGGUCGUCUCAGGGCUGCAGACUGCUGAGCUCCAACAGCAGCCACACCUCCUGCUCCUGCAGCCACCUCACCAACUUCGCCGUCAUCAUGGCCCGACACGAGCCGGACUACCAGGGGCGCAUGCAUGAGUUGAUCCUGUUUGUGAUCACCUGGGUGGGGAUCGUCAUCUCGCUGGUGUGUCUGGCCAUCUGUAUCUCCACCUUCUGCUUCCUGCGCGGACUCCAAACUGACCGCAACACCAUCCACAAGAACCUGUGCAUCAACCUGUUCAUCGCCGAGCUGCUCUUCCUCAUCGGCAUCGACAAAACAGACUAUCAGAUCGCCUGUCCCAUAUUUGCCGGCCUGCUCCAUUUCUUCUUCCUGGCUGCUUUCUGCUGGAUGUGUCUGGAAGGAGUGCAGCUCUACCUAAUGCUCGUCGAGGUCUUUGAGAGCGAAUAUUCCCGCAAAAAGUACUACUACCUGUGCGGAUACUGCUUCCCGGCGCUCGUAGUGGGCAUCUCUGCUGCGAUAGACUACCGAAGCUAUGGGACCACGAAAGCAUGCUGGCUCCGAGUGGAUAACUACUUCAUCUGGAGCUUCAUUGGACCCGUUUCAUUUGUUAUUAUGCUCAAUCUAAUGUUCCUCAUGGUGACAUUACAUAAGAUGAUUCGUAACUCCUCAGCCCUGAAACCUGACUCCAGUCGCCUGGAUAACAUCAAAUCUUGGGCUCUCGGGGCCAUCACUCUGCUCUUCCUCCUGGGGCUCACCUGGGCGUUUGGACUCCUCUUCAUCAAUGAGAACACAGUGAUCAUGGCCUAUCUCUUCACCACCUUCAACGCCUUCCAGGGAAUGUUCAUCUUCAUCUUCCACUGUGCUCUGCAGAAGAAGGUCCAUAAGGAGUACAGUAAGUGUCUGCGCCACUCGUACUGCUGCAGCCGCACCUCCACCAGCAGCAGCUCCCACGGUUCCAUGAAGAACUCUGGCCUCAGAACCAAUAACCGCUACUACAGCGGCAGCCAGGCCCGGCACGCCACGGCUCACCGGCAGAGCCGGAUCCGUCGGAUGUGGAACGACACGGUCCGGAAGCAGUCGGAGUCUUCGUUCAUGGCGGGGGAUAUCAACAGCACCUCAACGCUGAACCGCGCGACUAUGGGAAACCACCUCUUGACGAACCCGGUGCUGCAGACGCGCUCUGGCACUUCCCCAUACAACACGCUGCUGGCGGAGAGCUUCACCCCCCCCUCCCCUGGCGUCUUCAACUCCACCGGAACCUUUCGUGACCCAAAGAGCACGCUGUCCAAAGGCCGCGACCCCUGUGGGAUGGAGACCCUUCCUCUCAAUGGUAACUUCAACAACAGCUACUCCCUGCGCACGGGGCCAGGGGCAGGGGGCAGCUGUGACUUCCUGAGCGCAGACAGGAACAGCCCUCCUAUGCUGAACCAUCGCGGGGCAGAGACGCAAGGGGGUGGAGUCAGGAGAAAUCUGUCAGACGCUGCAGCCUUUGAGAAGAUGAUCAUCUCAGAACUAGUGCACAACAACCUAAGAGGAGGAGGGGGAGAUCAGGGGGACAGAAUAUGUGCUAACAUGAGCCGCCCUCAUGCAGGGCUGGGCCGGGGCCCAGUGGAACAGUCUCUGAGCCUGGAUGAAGACGAGGACUUCCUCAGGGAGGGGCACCAGCGCCCCCCACCGGACAUGGAGCUGUUGUACAAAGCACUAGAGGAGCCGCUGUUACUGCAGCAGGCCCAGUCUGUGCUGUACCAGAGCGACGCAGACGAGUCUGAGAGCUACACAGCCGACCUAACGGAGAGCCUGGGACACAGUGCAAACAGUGGGCAGAGCGCGGGGGGGCAGGGGGGCAGCAGGGGAGCUGACUCCCCCGCCCGUGACUCCCUGUACACCAGCAUCACCAACUUGCGAGACUCUCCCUACCCCGGCAGCAGCCCCGAGCCCCUGGAGGUGGUGCCGCGGUCUGCACAGCCCCCGGAGGAGCUCUACUACAGCUCGGGACGUCCCGCGCUGGGAUCUCGCGGGGCCCCAAUGCAGACCUUCUAUCAGGCUGCGCCGCGGAGGCCCAGCGGGGAAGGUCCCCAGGCUCUGGAGCCCCCCCACAGUGAGGGAGACGGACAGAUGCAGCUGGUCACAAGCCUGUGA